ACAACAUGGCGGAGAGGGAAUGGUUCAACAAGCCAGGUCCGUUAAUACUGGAUGCCCAAGCUGCAGAAAAUUGGAGGAAGUUUAUCAUGCGAUUUGAGAUCUACCCAGCAGCAGCAGAAAAGGAGAACAAAUCCGACAAGAUCAAGGUAAACAUGUUGCUUAAUUGCGCUGGGAGUGAAGUGAUCGAGGAAUACAGUCGUUUUACAUACGGUACCGAUGAAAGUCCAAAAUCCUUUGAGAACGUCUGUAAGAAAUUUGAAGAACUUUGUCGAGGUGCUAGAAAUGUGAUAUACGAGAGAUUGGUGUUUAAUCAACGAAGCCAGAAAGAGGGCGGAAGGAUUGAUAAUUUUGUGAGUGACUUGAAACAACUAGCCCUUACAUGUGAAUUUGGGACUCUAAAAGACUCGCUGAUUCGAGACCGAAUGGUCGGCGGAGUGUUGUCUGAUCAACUGAGGGGUGAACUGUUGAAGAAACCAGACUUGACAUUGCAGUCAGCACAUGAUUAUUGUCGUACCUACGAAGCCUCAGAGACACAAAAGAUGAAGUUCAGUCUACCCACUGGCAUUGUUGAGCAAUCAGCAUCUAACAUUUAUGACAUCAAGAGCUCCAAGUCGCAAAAUAACAAAGUGAGGCAAGAUGACCCUUUAUGCAAAUUUUGUGGUCUCAAACAUUCAUUUUCGAAAGGUAAAUGUCCAGCCUUUAAGCAAGAGUGCAGAAAAUGUAAAAAGGUUGGUCACUUCGCGAGGGUGUGUAGAUCUACAAGGAAGAGCAGUGUGCAUCAAGUUGAAAAAGCCGCCAGUGAAUACAAUGAUGACGAUGAUGCAACUCAUGCCUACUUUGUUUCAGUUGAGCUGAGGUCAGUGGAUGUAUCAGCGUCAAGGAACAAAAGCAUGAUCAAUGUCACCAUAAGUAACCGUCAAGUCAAAGUUAAAGCCGACACUGGUGCUGAGGCAAAUGUCAUUCCCUUAAGUUACAUGAAAGCCACUCCAGAAAAUCCACCAGCCAUUAAAGGGAUGGUUAGCUACUAAGCCAAUACACCCAGUUGGAUGUGUACGGCUCCCUACUCAAUACAAGAAUCGUACUGUUGACCUGUUAUACCUAGUUGUACAUGGUGAUUUUACUCCAUUGGUGAGCUGCGAUGCAUGCCUUGACUUAGAGGUGUUGCAAUUUUUGAACUUAGAUUUGAUUCAGCGUCAACCAACAGCCCCAGAUGCUCAAGAUAGCAUGCAUAGCCUUCGAGAUAUCAAUACAACAGAUCCAGUGCUAAAGAACUUUCAAGAUUGUUUCAGUGAUAAGCCUGGUAGACUACCUAAUGAAAUCAAUCUGGAAACUGAUGAGUCUGUAAUACCUGUUAUUCAUCCUCCAAGAAAGUUACCAGUAUCACUCCUGGGGCCUGUAAAAGAGAAGUUGUCUGAGAUGGGACAAGAUGGAAUCAUAGUCAAGGAGGAGGACAUACCAUGGGUCAGCUCAAUGCUAGUGGUAGACAAGAGACGAGAGAAGGGGAAAGGACAACCCACUAAAGAGGAAAUCAGAAUCUGCAUUGAUCCAUGAGAUCUAAACACUGCACUGAAGCGUGUACACCACCCUAUGGUAACUAUAGAAGAAGUUGCAGACAAACUUGCUAACACUGUUGUUUUUACAGCUCUAGACGCCUGCAGUGGGUUUUUGCAGCUCCCAGUUGAUGAAGCAAGUUCAAAGUUGUUUACAUUCAACACUCCUUGGGGAAGGUACCGGUUUUGUAGGCUACCUUUCGGAGUUGCUCCAGCGCCAGAGAUAUACCAGAAAGAGGUGGAACGGCUGUUUGAAGGUGUCCCAGUUGAAAUCAUUGUGGAUGACUUCCUCAUACAUGCACAAGACCAGUCAGAAAUGGAUGGAAAACUGUUUAAUGGUACUGGAGCGAAGUCGAGAGCAAAUUUUUCCUGAUAAGAAAACUGAUAGAAUUGUCCUAUCACUUGAAGUGAAGUGCACUAAUAAUCCAUGCAGAUGGAAAGGAGAGUUGCGGCAGAAACAGAAGCACCUAAAGAUAUGCAGCCACAAAGCUGUCAAGUGCAUAUUGGAGGGAUGCAAUGUGAAAGUUCCGAGAAUUUUAAUGGAGAAACACACAAACACUUGUGGAUGGAGACUCCUUCACUGCAAGCCCUGCAAUUUGUCUUAUCCCAAAAAGGAUGAGGAGACUGUGCAGCACAAAGAUGACUGCCCGCUAGCCUUUCUUCCUUGUAGAUUCAGUGAAAUAGGUUGUACGUUCAAGGGUCGAGAAAGUGCACGUGAUGAGCACUGUGAAAGCGCGGUCCAAACACACCUCCACAUCGCCUGCGAGACCAUCAGAGACAAUAAGGAACAGAUAAGUGAUCUACAUAAAGAACUUGAUAAGGUUCGUCAAGAACUACAAACAAAGUCGUGUGACCACAUGAAAGAAGUGAACGCCAUUCGUGAAAAACACGAUGAAGCCAUCCGCGACAACAAAGGACAAAUAGAAGCACUAAGCAAAGAACACGGAAUCGCCUCAAAUACCAUCCAUGAAAACAAAGAACAACUUGAUACUCUUAAGAAAGAACUCGGUAUCGCCUCGGAGACGAUCCGUAAAAAUAGAGAUCAAAUAGCAAAGCUUAGCACUGCUUGCAAGACGCAGUACACGGACGGAACGUUUGUGUGGAGAAUCUGUAAUUACAAAGAUAAAUACAAAAAGGCAGUCGCUUUUGCCACCAACCAAGAAGUAAAAGGCGGCAACAGCGAUAGUGAUGACGAUAUUAGUAUGGCGGGUGACAUAAUGGUAAGUCUUCCAUUCUACACUUCAAGGUACGGCUACAAAAUGCGCCUUAAAGCCUAUCCUAACGGGUACGGCGAUGGAAAAGGGACGCAUCUUUCGCUCUCUAUCAGGAUUAUGAAGGGAGAGUACGAUGCGAUACUAGAGUGGCCUUUCAGACGGAAGAUCACUCUCAGUCUCAUCAAUCAGAGCGAGCAGUGGCGCAGUGAGACGGUGGAGAUAUACCCUGAUGAUGCGACGCCUGAUAAGAAACAUAAAUUUGAGAGACCCAUUGAGAAUGAAAACGUGGGCUGUGGAUACUCUUGUUUUAUAUCACACAUGGAGCUUAAUUCAGGCGACUACAUCAAGGAUGACGUCAUCUUCAUCGAGGCGGUGAUCACGUGAUACAAUGAAACAUAACAUACAUACGAAACAUCGUGACACUUUUCAAAGUUAACUUUUUAAAGUUCAAAUUGAUUGAAUUUAGCUAUACCUCUAAGCCUAGGGGUGUUUCCCCUAAAUAGCCACAGAGAUCGCGAAAACGGCGCAGUUACAGAAAAUGCUCUACCCGAGUGUGUGAUCUUGACAUAAAUCAAAGAUAAUUUUAGUUUUUCUGGACUUGUGCACCUAUUUCAUUAUAUGCCCAAUUCUUGUCUUUUAGUGAAUCAAUUACUAGGAAACAAUUAGUUUAUACACACAAAAUUAUGGUCCAGCUUUUUACAAACUCUCCCCUUUGUAGACGGAUUAUUAGAUCCCCCCCUUAAAAAAAAAAAGAAAAAAAAAGAAAAUCGAGCAGAUCCGAAAGGCAUAGCCUUAGCAUGCUUCGAAUUAUAGGGGGCAUGAUAAAGAAAGGUUAGGAAAACAUUAGGGGGCACAGCCACGCCCCUAUUCGUCAUUUCCUUAUAAUUUUUGAAAAUAUUGGGGAUGGGGUGUGUGGGAGGCACGUGCCCCCAGUGCCCCACCCCCCGGCCCUAAGGUAGAACAUCGAGCAGCAUUGUAUAUUAAUAUAUAUAUAGGUCUUUAUUUGAAUCGCAUUGAAGUUAAUAAAGAAUGAAAUAAAGUGACAAAUACAGUA